GACACUGGUUACCAAUAAAGCGGCUCCUCACACCAGUUCUUUAUGGCAGUCCUCCGCCCACCGUGAUGGCGCUUCCGGACUGGACGCUGUUUCUUUUUGGGCUCGCCUCGGUCUGCGGCGGCUUCUGGAUCUGUCGCCUGUUCAGGGCUCCACGGAAAGGUUCAUGGAAAAGAGGCCUUCUGAGGGAUUUGAUGGCCCGCACGGAGAAACCACUGUUUUGGAUCGCGUACUCGCUUUACUCACGGACCAAGCUUGGCUACAUGUUUCACAAACGUCAGAUGAAGAAAGCCCGUGAGAAAUUCCCGACCGGCCACUCCAGAACCCAGCCCACGACAAUAAACGGAGUGAAAAUCAUUCCGGUACCUGUCCUGUCGGACAACUACAGCUAUGUAAUCAUCGACACUGCAUCACGGCUUGCUGCUGUAGUCGAUCCUGCUGACCCAAAGUCAGUUCAGGCUUGCCUCGAAGAAGAAGGGGUGACGUUGGAAGCCAUUUUUUGCACACACAAACACUGGGACCACAGUGGAGGAAACCGAGCUCUCAGAAGGUACCACAGCUCCUGUAGGGUCUAUGGAAGUGCAACAGACAACAUUCCUGGCCUUACACAUCCUCUAACAGACAAAGACACUGUAGAUGUUGGGACGCGGCUGCGCUUCAGGGCCUUUUGCACACCUGGCCACACUGUGGGUCACAUGAUCUACCUCCUGGACGGCUGUGUGUUUGGAGGUCAUAGCAGUCUGUUCUCAGGGGAUCUGCUCUUCCUCUCUGGAUGCGGACGCAUGUUUGAAGGCACUGCUUCGACGAUGCUGUCAUCUCUGGACACAGUCAGCUCCCUGAACGACGAUACCUUGCUGUGGCCUGGUCACGAGUACGCGGAGGACAACCUGCUGUUUGCCGCUGAGGCGGAACCCAGCAACAUGGUGCGCGAGCAGAAACUGCAGUGGGUCCUGAAGCAGAGAAGUCAGCGGCUGUGCACGAGCCCGUCUACACUGGGAGAAGAAAAGCAAUACAAUCCAUUUCUGAGGAGCCACGCGCAGGAUCUUCACCGUGCACUGGGUCUGCAUCAGAACCAGGACGAAGACUGGACUUCGUACCGAGCCCGAGUCUUGGAGGAGCUACGCCGGCGGAAGGACAUUUACAAGAGCCGAUAGGUGCUGCGUCCCUCCCCUCCUCCCCCGCUGCGAUUUUAUAAAGAGAAACCUGCUGAACCCGCUCGAACCGUACAGCUCACGAUUCGAGCGGGCUGUUUCGCGAUUCCUCGCUCGAGUGUCUGGGACUACUCUAGGAGUGAAUGCUGACUCAACUGAUGUGAGCGUUUGCACACUUGCACCAUACCAAUGUAACUUUCAUAUCUGGGCAUUAUUGAGAAACUGUUUAUCGGACACUAUUGUCUAAAUGGCUGGAUUUGUUUAUUGUUUUGUCUCUCGAGACCAGACCUAAUUGUGAUAGGCUAAUUUUAUGUAAAACUUGAAACGUAUUCUAUACAACCCCCCUUUAAUGUUUGGUAUACUUCUUCUCUAGUUCUAGUGCAAUCGUUAAUCUUCUCUGGACUCAAAUGUAAGUCACCUGCCUAACACGUUUAUCUUAUGAAAAUUGAAAUGUUCUGUAGUGAAUUUAACCGCAAACAUUUUUCUGUAAGGAAGGUACUAAAAGCACCAUACCUUUUUGUCGUUUUGUGAACAAUAAAACACAUCGUGCACAAUG